AUGGAGGAUUUGCAAUGGAGGCUCCGGUUCUGGGGUUCUCUGUGUGCGAGAAAAUGCUGCUGGUGUUGUGGAAGACAGAAAACGGUCCAGGAGACACAGGAACCCGUUUACCAGAGAAAAGAAGAGUUGGAAGUACAAGAGAUGUCCUCAAGGAGUUGGAGCGUCUCGUCUCUGCCUACCCCUGAGCUGGGAGAGUUGGAUGGCAUGGAAACUCCUCAGCCUCAUUGGUUUCACACUCUCCAAGUCCGCAGGCUCCGAGCGCAAAGAGGACGCAGCAACAGCGACCCACUAGGUGGCAAGAACUUUCAGUCAGAGUUUCAAUGGAACACAAGUCUACAGUUUGGAACGGCGAAUUCAUACCUGCACCUGGAGAAACUAGGAGAGGGUGCAUACGCUACAGUAUACAAAGGAAUAAGCAGGAUAAAUGGGCACUUGGUGGCGCUGAAGGUGAUCCGAAUGAAAACAGAGGAGGGUGUUCCAUUCACUGCAAUCAGGGAGGCAUCACUGUUAAAAGGCCUCAAGCACGCCAACAUCGUCCUGCUCCAUGACAUCAUCCAUACACGCGAGUCCCUCACCUUCGUCUUCGAGUAUGUGCAAACAGACUUGGCUCAGUAUAUGAUCCAGCAUCCAGGAGGACUUCAUCCAUGGAAUGUUCGUAUCUUCAUGUUCCAGCUGUUGCGAGGUUUAUCGUAUAUCCAUAGCAGGAGGAUUCUACAUCGGGAUCUUAAACCUCAGAACCUGCUCAUCAGCUACCUUGGCGAGCUCAAACUGGCUGACUUUGGUCUAGCCAGGUCCAAGUCGAUCCCGUGUCAGACGUACUCCGCAGAAGUCGUGACCCUGUGGUACAGACCACCUGAUGUUCUCUUGGGCUCUACAGAUUAUUCGACAGCACUGGAUAUCUGGGGAGCAGGGUGCAUUUUCAUCGAGAUGCUACAGGGGGUGCCAGCGUUCCCUGGCAUGGCUGAUGUUUUUGAACAGUUGGUGAAAAUCUGGAGAGUUCUCGGCGUACCCACGGAGGAGAGCUGGCCAGGAGUGAGCGAGCUGCCAAACUAUAAAGCGGAAUGGUUCCUGCCCUGCAAACCCCAGCAAUUCAGAGAUGUCUGGAAAAGAUUUGCACAGUUACCCUAUAAGACGGAGGACUUGGCGCAGCAGAUGUUGACGAUGAUUCCCAAAGAAAGGAUUUCAGCCCAGGAUGCGUUACACCAUCCCUACUUCAACACUCUUCCACCGCCUGUGAUGCAGCUGCGAGACACCGUAUCCGUCUUCAAGGUGCCUGGGGUGAGGUUGGAGACGGAAGUGAAUGAUAUCUUCAGCCCCAGCAGACAGAUGAAAUCCUCCCUCGUGCCCCAAGGGAAAUGCUGGUGAUAGGCUCCUGAUGGCCCACGUUGACCACACAGAACUUUUCAGAAGAGGAGGAAAGAAAGAACAAGCUCUUGGUAAUGGAGGGUCAUUCUGGAUUCCUCGUUAGCAAGAAUAAUAGGACGAUCCUGAGUGUUGUUUUUAAGAGCACCAUCCAUUUGCAGUGACUGUGCAGUGGUUAGGUCUUGUGGAUGGAUGGAUGGAUGGAUGGAUAUUUGACCUGAAGGAUGUGCUGGAGUUCUUGAAGCUCUGAGAUUGAAAUCUGUGAAUGACUCGACAUAAGUAGCACUUUUGAUAUCGCAUACAGAGUCGCCAAGAUCUCCAGUUUAGCCGUAAUAUUUUGUAUUUUGUAGUUUUUUGACGCCUGAAAACUUCUCGCCAACAGUCAGUGAGAACAAAUUCAAAUAAAAUCGAAACCUUUCAAAAAGCAAACUCACGGAAGCGAAUUCAAAGGACGUGGAAGGUCUGCAUUUGCAUCUGGUAGCGGUUGUUUUCGCUUUCUUCAGUGAAGUUUGACAAGCAUCAGUCUGGCGAGCCAGUCGAAGACGUGAAGGCGGGGCUGUGGUGUCUUUGGUUGGUAAAAGAAUUGAGGAACCGCCUCUUAUUAACUAUCAGUUAACACCAGAAAUAUACAUCGUUGCUUUCUCACUGUUGCUUGGUGCACGUUGACAAAUGCUGGAGUUUCUUGUUAGCAAUCUUGGCAUCUCUGUAGCAUAUAAUGUAAUUUAUGUAGCUUUGGUAAAUAUUUUUCCAGAAGACCCAUUAACAUGGAAUAAAGUGAGCCAGAAAGGAGGGAGGGGAUGGGUAAAAUCUCUCACAUAUGCAUGCUGACCCAUGAGUGUUCGAGGCAAAUUGCAAAUUGAAAGGUCAUGGCCAUAUGGGAACAAGAGCUGGAGCCGAUCCCAGAUACUCCCAAGGACGGAGAGAGAGAGAGAAAGAGAGAGAUACUUUCCUGGAAGUUCUUCAUUCUUCCAAAUCCUUUCAGAUGAUGUGUCGGGGGUUUUUUUCCCCCCAUGGUCCUGUCUGACUGUUCCUUCAGUUUGACAUCUUGUGCGAUUUCGGUGCAGCAUUUAGCCUGUAUGCUUUUUUUUUUUUUUUUUUUUUAAAACCAGUUCUUUGUACUCUCUGUUGAUAGAAUGGGUUUCUUUAACCUUUUUCGCCUGUUAAUCAGGCUGUUUAUUCAUACUCACUGCUCGCUGAUUAAAACCCGGAAACAGGUGUAUAAUGUAGGAUAUGAUCUCACAUACCAUUCCAGCUAUUGGAGCAACAUCUGCGUACACUGAUGACCCGAAUCAUCGGCUGUAUGAUGAGUUCAUAUCCAUACAGGUGUGUAACGUGAGCAGAGCACAGCCAAUGUCGCACAUGUGUGUGUAUAUAUAUUAAUCCAAAUCCUGACUUCUGUUCUUGUUCAAAUAAAUAUCUCUCGUCUAUA